CCCACCUUCCUGGGAGUGCAUAAACGCCCACAGUUCAGCUCAAGACGAGAUAACACGGCAUUGAUUGUCAGACAAUUAAAGGAAUAGUAACAGGAGAUACGAAACCAGAAGAGAAAAGCACUGCAGUUAGGUAAUUGACCUCUGUUAAUUAUACCUGGCACAGAACUGCUCUGGAAUGAUGCAAGGAAUCGGCAUGGUCGAUAGAAACAGCACCGGGAUGCGCCGUCUCAAACAGUGGCUCAUUGAUCAGAUUGACAGCGAUCAGUACCCAGGCUUGGUCUGGGACGAUGAGGAGAAAGUCACUUUUCGGAUUCCUUGGAAACACGCCGGGAAACAAGACUACAACCAGGAGGUGGACGCUUCGAUCUUCAAAGCUUGGGCUAUUUUCAAAGGAAAAUAUAAAGAAGGUGAGAAAGCAGAGCCUGCCACUUGGAAAACAAGACUUCGUUGUGCACUCAACAAAAGUCCAGAUUUUGAAGAAGUGACUGACCGUUCACAGCUUGACAUCUCCGAACCAUAUAAGGUUUAUCGAAUUGUUCCUGAAGGACAGCAAAAAUGCAAAUUUGGGAAUCAUUCCAAUGAACAAGGCGAUGUCACUGAUAUGGAUUGCAGCCCGCCUGGAUCCGAUGAGCUUAUAAAGGACGUUAUUGUGGAUUAUAAUGGCAUAAUAAAGAGAAGUCAUUCUCCACCACAGGAGGAUUGUACAAGUCAACCACAGCAAGAUUGGUGGGGACGACAAACCAUUGAAGAUUCUUCAAUGCUCUAUUAUGCCAAUAACUUUGGACCUCUGCAACCCAAUUCAGGGUUUUGCCAGAUGAUAGUCACCUUUUACUAUGGAGGAAUUCCAAUGUCCCGGGUUCCCAUUCGGCGAUCCGAUGGCUGUCGAAUCACUGUCCAUCACGCUCCAACCAGCAAUGAGACCAUAUUUGGGCCAGAAGGCAUGGAACAGGUCCUGUUCCCACCCACAAGCAAGAUCAUGAACCACCGGCAGCAGCAAGUCACAAAUAAACUCUUGACUCACCUUGAGCGUGGAGUGCUGCUGCUUAGCAACAAUGAGGGCAUCUAUAUCAAAAGGCUCUGCCAGGGCAGGGUUUUCUGGAGUGGCCCCUGUGCGCCUUUUACUGACCGGCCAAACAAGCUGGAGAGAGAUGCGAUAGUGAAGCUUUUUGACACAAAGCAGUUUUUGCAUGCUCUGCAGCUUUCCGCAGAGAACCCCCAGUGUGCCCUUCCAGAUAACAAAGUGAUUAUAUGUUUUGGAGAGGAGUUUCCUGACAUGAAACCCAUCAACAAAAAAUUAAUUGCCGUGGAGAUUGAACAAGUGAAAACAAAGCAUAUUUUGCAAGCAGUACUGCAGUCAAGGAAUUAUGAUAACAACAUCCAUCUUCAAAUUUCCAAUGAAACAACAGAAGACAAAUUGUCUGGGAUUCUUCAUGAACUUUGUAUGAAUAGUUUUGGCUACCCAAGACCUGCCUACAGUGAAAACCAACAAAUAAGCUGAGAAUAACAAAAACAAAUCUCCGUUUCAGUGAUGUAAGGACUUUUGCGUAAGUCGGUAGCAUUAAGAAAAAUGCUCUUUGCUGGAUGUCAGUGAUUUUGCUAAAGGACUCUGAAUUCCUAAUCAUCCUUGUUGGCCGAAUGCAGCUUUGCACUGCAAUUAAUAUUUUUAUAACAAUGUUGCAUUUUGUAAAAUAAUCGUAUAUUUUAUGAAAGUUUAUUUUUCACUGUGAAGACCAGUUUAUUAUCCACAGAGGUUUUUAACAUAAGGCAUUGAACAGGAAUCUAAUGCAAUACUGUUCGUUAUUGUCAAGACACUUACUAUGUAAGAAAUAUUUAUUAUCUGCAGAAUAAUGGAUAUCUAAGAGGGACUUGCAUAGGUUUAUUAUAAUGGGUUCCAAAAAUUUACCUUGAAUCUAGUUUUGAAGUUGUGCUUGGGUAUAAAUUGCCUCACAAUUUUGAGAUCAGUUUGGCUUUUAAAGAAAACAGAUUGCAAUGUAUAUAAAUGUACAAUCUUGCAUGUUAUGUUGUGCAUUAAUUUGCAAUUACUUUGUAAUAUUGAAUAUAGGUACUGAUGUUGGUUUUAAGUGUGGCAGUACAGUUUCAGUUGAACACAGGCACAUUUCUGCAGAGACAAUUGACUUCUCAAGAAAAUCUGGCAUUUAUAUCAGCACUUCUAUGAGCUCAGGAUAUUCCAAAGUGCUUUAAAACUGUUGCUUGAACAGCUUGAACUGUUAUAAUGUAGGAAACACAGUAGCUAACGUAUGCAUGGCAAGCUCCUGCAAACUGCAGUGUGAUAUUACCUAGAUAUUUUACUGAUUUCAGGAUAAACAGUAUUUUGAACACCAAGGAGAAUUCUUCUUUGAAACAGGAUGUUUCUACAUUCACCUGAGAGUACAGUUAGGAUCUUAUUUUAAUGGCACCUCUGAUAUUAAAUACAAAUUAUACUGUUAUUUUACUGAGAUAUCAGCCUAAUUUUAUACACCAACACCCCUGGAGGCAUGAAAGUUAUCAUCCGAGCUAAGGCUGUGAGCUAAACAGUUGCUGUAUGCAUCGAAUCUCAGAACUUCCUUACUAUUAGACUGUUUAUGUAAUUAUCCAAUUAGUUCAUCUUGUUUGAUAACAAAGGUAUCUAUUUCAUCUUAAUGUGCUAAAACCGUCAAAAUAUCCCUCAAACUUAAUUUAUUUUGCUAGCUGCGGGGGAAGAUAAAUUUAGAAAACAUGGAAACUGUUAAAAUUAAGGAGCAAGUAAUCUCUCCAUUGUUUUCAGUUUAGACAGGCACAUCUAAUUCUGCACUGGAGUCUUUUAUUUGCCUUUUUCUUCGAAUUCCUGCGCUUUUACUUUAUUUCACAUCAAUUCAGUGAAUGUGCCAUUACAAUUUUGUAAAACCUUCCCUAAAUUGGCUGAUACUAACUACUCUGAAAAUCUGUGGGACUGAAAUAUUAUUAAAUAUUGGUACAAGUUGCAUAUUAAUUUCAUAAUUUGAGGGUAUUUUUCAUGGAUUUUGAGCAUUCAUUUUUAACAUAUAACACAGACAUUCUAUAUGUUCAUUGCUGGUCAUCAAACUCAGUACUCUGUUACUGCUUCCACCCCGUACACCUUGAUCCCAUUGACCCAAGUAUUAUAUCCAAUGCUUUCUUGAAAACAUUUAAUGUUUUGGCCUCAACUUUUUGCUAUGGAAGAGAAUUCAUCACUCUCUGGAUGAAGAAAUUUCACAUCAUCUCACUCCUAAAUGGACUGUAUUCUUAAACUUUCACAUUAACUUCAUUGCUUCAAAGAAUUAACUUGAAGAUACCUUAAAAAUAUUGGUAUAUACUUUUUAACCAGUUUUGGUGCGAUACAAACAAAUUUGGCACUUGGCUGAUUAGAAAACUGUAUUCCUUUGUUCAUGUUUUUAGCAUGAAUACUAACACUUCUGAAGAAAUGAAAAUCAGAAUCUGGCAUUUAGUAUGGACACAUUUAAACAUAAUUAUUAGUUAGAAUAUACAACACAGAAAAUAGCCAUUCAUAUCUAUUCUGUUGAUUUGGGUCCACCCGAGCUGCUUCCCACCUUAAUUUAGCUACGUUUCUAUUCAUUUCUCCCUCAUGAACUUAUCUAGAUGUUCCUAUAAUAUAUCUGUGCUAUUUGCCUCAACCUCUCCAUGUGGUAAUAAGCUUUACAUUCUCUGAGUAAAGCAGUCUCUCCUGAAUUCCUUAUCAGAUUUAUUAGCAACUUAUAUCAAUACCUCUUAAACUCAACAUCAGUAUUGCUGAUCAGAAAAUAAACCUUGAAACUUAAUCCUUAAAAGCUCAGAUAAAAACAUAUUAAAUAACCAGUUCAGUGAAUUGGCUAAUUCUUUUCAAAUCAAAGAUAAAGCCCUUUUGAUGUCUGAUGCAAAAAAAUUAAAGAAAAUUAUUUGUGGUUUGAAAGCAACAUAACUUGGCAAGCAAAAGACUAUUUUAAAUAUUUCUGCAGGCUCACACUAAUGUUGAUUACUAUAAGGUUUCUGUGUUUAAAGAUUUUGAUAGUUGGCUCCAUAAUGCUGAUAUAUGGGACAUAUUUGGGAAUUGUUACUUAGAACAUUAAUUACAAUGAAUGAGUCCAGUAUACAACACAAAGAGAUUAGAUAUUUUUGUGCAUGUAUGUGAGAGGGGAAAAAAGACUUUUCUCAUGCACUUAUAUCCAGGUUGCCAGUGCAUGGUCUGUUGUGAUAUAGCUGAUUCUCAGACAAACAACUUUGAAGAUUAACUGAUACUGGAUAUUCCGAUUAGCCAAAGGCCAAUAAACACAUUAGUCUGGUGGCAGCACCGUGUGCAAUGCAAUUGCCAUGGCAUUAAGUCCUUUGCUGGUGUAUACUGGAUGAACUGUCCUAAUCAGCCAUAGCAUUGAAUAGUGAAAACCUGUAGCACAGUUUGUUUACAAGAAGGACAACUGUACUACCAAUACAGCAAUGUUAAAGCAACUGUGUUGUGAUUUUAAUUAUUCGGUGUGCUCCGGUUAGAUUAUAGGCUCCAACUGAUUUGAAUUUACCUGCGUUCAGCUGUAGUUUUGCUGUUGAGCCGAACGUGGCUUUGGUCCAAUGUGUUUAUUGUGGUGACAACACAGGACCGAAAGUACCUAGAAUUCAACAGUGCUCACUCAGUAAUAAUGACUACAUAUUGACAGGUGUUCUUUACCCAUCCUUCUCUUCUAAAAAGUACCUAGACUUCAUCACCGUUCAUCAUUGAAGAAGGACUAUUAUUUUGAGAUGAUGACAAUAUUACUCUGCUCCUCUUUCUUAAAAUUUGUAAAGUCCGGUUAAAGUCUUUCAGCACUAUUUUCUUUCUUCUGUAUUUUCACUCAAUUCUUUAAAUGUUUUGUUUUUUUUUCUCCAUUUCCAAUUUCAAAAUAAGAAAACAUAGCCUCUGAACUGGACUGGUGACCAUGUAAGAAGAAGCUUUGCCUCAAUGGGUCAGAGCCCUUCAGGGAACCUCAGGCUUGAUCCACAAUGUGGGCUGAGUUCAUUGAUCUUGCUGGCAGUAGUAGCAGCACUAAACAUUGCCUCCUCUUGAUUUUAGGAGAAAUUAGCCCGAGUCCAUGUUCCUGAUCAUUGUUAGUGAUUUCUGUACUGUAGUUAUUGGAGAGAUCUAGCAUGACUGUUAUGCCCUCUCGAGUUAAAUACUUAGCGAGAUUGUUUUAAUUAAGAUUUUAACUUGAACUUUUGCAAGGUACAAUGCACCUGUGAAACCAGAGUUUUGUCAGGAACCACCAAGGAAGACCAGAAUUUUUGAGAAUGUAGAAACAGAAAAACAGUAGUAAAACACCCUUUACCUCUGUGUGUUUGUGCCAAGCAAUCAGCAUUCACCUUCAGAGAUAACAUUUUAAAUAACAGUAAAAUGUGACCUUUUACCUCCCUCCUAGUUAAUGGUUUUAUUUUAUAAUAUGCACAAAGUAAGUAUUUGUCUGGAAAACAUAUCUAGGGUCUAAUUUUUUUUAAAAAGCAAUAACAGGAUCCUGUUCUUUCCAAAGUGCAAGUUUAUGUGCGAUUUAUAUGUACUGUUUAUAUGUUCGUCUCCACCAAGAGCAUGUGUAUAAAAUUCAUUCCAGUAGAUUGGAAGUGGGCUGAGUUCAUUGAUCUUGAUGGCAGUAGUAGCAGCACUAAACAUUGCCUCCUCUUGAUUUUAGGAGAAAUUAGCCAAAGUCCAUGUGCAAGUUCCUCUGACUAUCAAAUCUCUUUUUCUUUGACCUUGGCUACAUUGGGUGGAGUUUGGUUCUUACAUAUGUGUGAAACUGAAUUUUGGGCAGACAUAUCUUUGUCAGGAAUUUUAUAUAUUUUACAUUAUUAAAGUUUGUUAAGCAGGAUUAUUAUGGGAAUUGGUUACAUGCUUUAUAUCUGCCUCAUCCACUUGUUGCAGUGAAAUAAAAAUAUCUACUGGUAGGUUAAAUGCUUAGUGUGUGUGUGUGUAUAUAUAUAUAUAUAUAUAUAUAUAUAGAAUCCCUAUUGUGUGGAAGCAGGCCAUUUAGCCCAGACCCAGCCCCUGUAAGCCUGCAUAUCCCAUGGCUAAUCCACCUAGCCUGCACACUGUGGACAGUUUGGCAUCACACAUCUAAGGACUGUGGGAGGAAACCAGUGCACCCAGGCAUAAGGUGAAUAUGCAAACUCCACAAGUAGUCAACUGAGAGUGGAAUUGAACCCAGGUCCCUGACACUGUGAGGCAGUGCUAACCACUAAACUACUGUGCCACCCUUUAUCUAGCCUCAUAGGGUUAAAACUGUUAACUGUGCUACCUUGGCCAGCGGUUGCUUUGAACAAGCACAAAUUAAAUUGAGGUUAGUGUGGGCUGGGGAGGGAUAGAAUAAGAUCUUGAUAACUUUCUUUGACUGCAUGAAGGCUACAUUUCAUUGACUGCAGAGUAUACUUGUUCUAAACAUUUGUGAGUCAAGUGCCUUAUGGCCCAUUAUACAAUUGAUACUGCAUAGGUUUUGUAAAGAUCAGUUACUACUUUGUAUAUUAGAUU